GUGGAGUCGGGGACCAGUGCAAUGCCUUUAUGAAAAACUAUGAAGAACUCCAAGAGCUGCAGCUCUGUGGGCACCCUGUACAACCUGUCAGCUAUAAGGAUGACGGAAUACAACGUUUCCAAAUUCCUUAAUAGCACGAAAAUCAGCCGCUGCGUGUCCGUGGCUUUCCCAAUUACAAUGAUGAUAACCGGAAUGGUUGGGAAUUCGCUGGCUCUCUUGCUGGUGUACAGAUCUUAUAGGAAUAAAGCGGACAAGAGGAAAAGGUCUUUUCUUCUCUGCAUUGGCUCACUGGCAUUGACGGAUCUUUCUGGACAGCUCCUCACCAGCCCUAUAGUUAUAUCGGUCUAUUGGGCGGACUUAGAAUGGGAGCGGAUAGAUCCCAGUGGAGGACUGUGCGCUUUCUUUGGGGUGUGCAUGACUAUGUUUGGAUUGUGCCCACUUUUCCUGGCUAGCUCAAUGGCGAUUGAAAGGACUUUGGCCAUCACAUGCCCGCUCUGGUACGCCAACCACAUGAAAACAAGUAUCACAAAAUCAGCUCUGGCGCUCAUCUCAUGCCUUGUUUUGCUGUUCGCCCUCUUACCCAUUGCUGGUGUCGGCAAGUAUGAGCUGCAGUGGCCCGGCACGUGGUGUUUUAUUGACACUGGUGACAGGGACACUCUCGGGAAUGUGUUUUUUUCUACCACGUUUGCUGUGCUGGGAAUUUUUUCGUUACUUGUUACUGUUUUCUGCAACGCCAUCACAAUCAGAUUCCUCUUAACCCGUUGCAGAACUAAGCCUGGCUCGUCCCAGACGGCAAAGCAGUGGGAGAAAUUAACCAUGGAGACUGUCAUUCAGCUGAUGGGGAUAAUGUGCGUGCUGGUCAUCUGCUGGUCCCCGCUAUUGAUAUUAAUGCUGAAGAUGAUCUUAACACAGAGGUCCUCACAUCUGUGCAAGACCAAUGUGGUCCCAUCCAGCUGUGGCCAGGACCCCAAGGUCGACUGCAACUUCUUCCUGACCGCCAUCCGCAUGGCAUCUCUGAACCAGAUCCUCGACCCAUGGGUAUACCUGCUGCUCAGAGAGAUCCUACUUCGAAAGUUCUGCCAGAUGGCCACAGCAGUAUCCAACUUCUCCAAAGAGGGGCAUAAAGAACCAGCCGGAACCCUAGACGCUCUCAACAAGCCAGCCAUUGAUAAUGACAUAACAGAAAAGCAAUGAUCAGACAUAGCAAAGCAUCACAUGCUGACUACUAUCACAAGCACUAAUAAUAAUAAUAAUAAUAAUAAAUAUGUUGCAUCACUUUUACCUAUACAGCAUAAAAAAUGCAUUACAGUAGACUGAAGGAUUAAAACACGAUGUAUAAAACAUGUGAAAAAAUAUACAAACGAAGGUGCAGGAAUAGGACAGAAAACACAAUAAAUAAUAAAAAUGGCAAAAAAACAGCAAUAACUCCAUAACCUGGUUUUCUACAGAGAAUUUGGUAAAAAGUCAGACUAAUCAAAAGCAAGAGUAAUUUGGUAUGUCUAUAGGUAUUCUCCAUAGGCUUCCAUUGUGCAAGUGUUUUUAAGAUGGAUAAGGAGAGAUUUUUUUAGCUUAGGAUGUUGGUCACUGAAAACUGACUCCCCACAUUUUGAAUGGAUCAGUGAGAUCACCAACAGGUUACUAUUAAAUGAGCAGCUAUUGGCUCUGGUUGAGGAGAAACAAGCAGAAGUGGGGAGAUGACACCUAAGCCAAGGUUCUGCAGCAGGAGGUGGCAAGGAGAUGUUCCUGUUACUGCUCCGCCACCAGAAGACGUUCCAGGGUCAGAGGGGCGAAACGCUGCUGAUCGGUGGAACCCGGCUGACGACCCUGCAGCUGACUUAUGGGCACCGGAGGAGGUGCGACCAGCAGUAAUGCCAAAGCAGGUCAACACCUACCUGGAUAAUCAAUGACAAAAGCAUUCUGGAAGGAAUAACUUAACAACCAGGUCACUAAGUUGGAUGGGGGGCAGAUUGUGAUGACACCAUUUUUAAGCCACUUAUAUAAACCAGCAGAGAGUUUUGAGGAGGGGGUAAAUGCUGUUUUCUCAACUCAUUGGAGGCUGUUAACAUUGCUUGUACAUAGGUCUAUGCUAUAGGAUGAUUAAUUUAAGUUGCCUGAAUCGCAACUAGAAAAGUAAACCUAUCCUUGAUAAGUCUAAGGUACAUUACAGGUAAAUGUAGUGCAAAUUAUAAACACAUAAUACUUCCUUAUAUUUAUUGAUGUUGUAAUUGGCACUGUGGUUGAAAGCUUUGUAGUAAGUGGCUUUUGGCUCCUCACCUGGAAGUUCAGAGAUGAAGAAGUCAGGAUGUUAUGCACGGAUUUUUUUUUUCGUCCGCGGCUGAAGCAUGUGACGUCAAUUCGACAUUCAGUCAGCUUUUGAUGGACAUCUCAGACAUCUUCUGGGCUCGGAUUUUCUCUGGCAACCAGACCAGAUGAAUGUACAGCACCACGCCAGAGACGUGUUUUUAUCAACACUGUGAAGCAGCACUUCAGUCCUUCAAAGAACGUCAAAGAUUACUUGUACAUUUACAUCCACAGAAGGCUGCAUGUACGUAAGGUUUGGCUGGAUAUUUUUUUUCCACAGAGCAGAAUAAAAAGCACCAGCAGUGGGUCCUUGUGAUCACAGAAAAUGGUUUCUGUUAUGUUAAAGAACUGAAAAUUUUAAGAAUAUCUAAUCCACCAUGUAAGUGGUAUUUCAGAAUGAGAUGAAGUGAGAAGGGAAAAUUGAUCUAUUGUGCUCUCUAAAGUACUGCAAGAAAAUGAAUGUAUGCUCUUAUCUGUACAUAAGUGUUCCAUGUUUCUGUUUGUUUUUCACUACCUAAUGAAUUUAAGGAGCCAUGAUGCUGAGGGUGUGGCUAAGUAUGGACUGCACUUCAGGCUACAUGGAGAGUCCAGACCAUAAGGAGUGAGAACAGAAGCUGCUAUGAAUGACAAGAGCCAGGUUUACAGCUCAUCUUAGAGCUCGUAUUUAUACUGACCAGCCGGAUUUAACGUAAAAACAAGACUAUGACAUUCUCAGUGUUGUGUCUGGUGGGGCGAUUCAGUCAGUGAAUCAGCUAGCUGUAAUGCAGCCAGCUAAAUAGUGUAACUACUGGUAAAAUGUAAUUAUCUUUAGUAACAUGUAAAUACUCUGUCUAAUGUAUGGUCUAGCUUGUAGAAUUUACAAACAAGAAUGUGAACUCUCAGUAAUUUUUCUUGCCAUUUAUAAAACUAAGCAUAAAACUAAGCACAGGGAGAGACAAAUUCACCAGAGAUUGGCCUCCCAUUAGCUUAAAACAGGAUUAGAAUUAAACAGUACUCUGCCAAUAUUAGGCACCUGCUUUACGUCUUCAGUGGAUGUCAGGAACUGAUGGUAACUAGCAUUUCAGUUAAUUUCGAUUAUUAUACUUCAGACUUAAAAUGUAUGUCCUUUUCUCCAUGCAUUACCUAGGUUUACUCACCUUUAAUCCUAGAUUAUUUUCAACUGGCCGCAACAUCUGCUUUUUAAGAUAAAUGAAAUACGGAAGAUGUAUCCUUCACUGAUUCACAUCAUUCCCAGCCAACUGAGAUCUAGACAGCUGUUGAAAAUACAAGACUACCAGCACUAUUUGGAACAGCUUACAAGUAUAGAAGAGGCGCUGAUGAGAUAUGAAGAUGUUUAUUAAUCCCACGAAGGGAAAUUUCGGAUGCAGCGGCUAGUAGAUCAAACAGAAGAGCUUUAUAAUGCCAUUAGCUACAUCCUGCUAAUAAUGCCCCCCCAUUGUGGCACGUUACUGAGGAGGACCCACCAGCUAAUCUUAGAAAUUUACAUAGGACCCCCCCCCCAUCAGGCAAAAAGCAGGAGGUGUCUAUGACCCCCCCCUCCCACUCGACCACCUGUCCCACGAAAAGUCUGUUCAUAUCACUGAUUGGCACCAUAUUGACGCAAGGGCUUUCAAUGCAUGUUGUGAUUCGUAGUCCCAAUGCACAGCUCUCUUACAUUGCGAAGAACAUUGCAGAUGAACAGUCAUUUUAACUGGUGGUGUCCAUUUGGAAGAGCUAGCCAUAAUUAGCUUUUAACACUUCUAAUCCCGUAUUCCUUCUCAUGAAGAAUUUCCCAAACUGCUUUAAUUAUAGUUUACUGUCAUCACACUAUGUGUAACCUAAUGACUGUAAAAGAGCAAACUGCUCCUGAUGACAACAUAUCCUACGUUAGAGUCAUUUAACAAUGUCAUUUAUUGUCAAUUUCCCUUCCACCUAGUGUGAACUUGAAACAGGUGUGUUGCUUUUCAGAAAGUUAAUCAUUGCUAAUUGAUUGCAAAUUGUAAAUCACUGAUUGGGGUUUUUAAACACCCUGGAACAGUGUUUUUCAGCCCAAUCCUCGGGGAUCUCCAGACAGUCCAUGUUCUUGAUCCUGAGGGAGCAAAAAUGUGGAUUGUCUGGUAGGGAGCAAAAAUAUGGUCUGGGGGAUCCCGAGGACCAGGUUAAAAAACACUGACCUAGAAAACUUUUAGUAACAAGAAACCUUUUCUGACAGUUACCAAUUAACAACAUCUUUUCCUGUUUGAAAAUAAUCUGUUAAACUGAAAGAUCAAAGGUUCCUCAUGAAAUUGGUACUUUCCUAAACAUAAAUGAUGUAAAUUACUGUAAUACAUUUAAUUAUUGUCAAAUACUAAAUGUAAAUGUUUAGUAGAAGAAUGUCCUGUAUUUACUUUUGGCAAGAGUGCCAUGCCUAAUUUUUAUUGCUUGUAGCAGUUCUAUGAAUAUGAUUGUACUGAGCACUGCAAAGAUAAAAAAAAGAAAACAUUGAUAGGGUAUUAAAGGAAUUUAUGAAUAUUGUCAUUUGUGGGGGAGAAAGGUAGGUACAAACAGAAAAUGAGUGUUGAGUAUUUUGGCUUCUUCUUGGCUAAAACAAUUUUAUCUUGGAAACAGAAGGAAGAUCACGUGAAAAUGAGAGGAGCUAUUUUCCUGAGACAAAACUGUAAAAGCCUUGUUUUCACAGAUGUCAGAAUCACUGGAUAAAAUCAUUCAUAUAAUUAGAUUGUUCCAUGAUGAGUGUGGCUGAAUAUUUAAGCAGAACUCUAUUUUCCAAAGGCUUCAAAUGCAAAGUUGGUCAGCAUAUACUCCUCAGUUACCAAGAUGUGUGGAGCAGCAGCGAUUCACCAUUCAGAAAUCAGCUGCCAUCUGCGCCAAGAAGAGUCAUUUUCUCAUUUUGGGAAUGUAAUUUCAAUGUCCUGCAGAAUCUACUAGUGUAAAAUGGCUUCAGUUUGCCAUGUCAUGUAAUUCAAAAGCUAUAUCGACUGGUUUUCUCGUGGCAAGUAAUAAUCUUAAUAAUAAUUCUUUUGGGAAUCAAGAGAACAGGGGUGUACAUUGCCAAAGAAUGAUUAAAAUGAUUUUAAGUGUA